GGAUUGACCGCCCGAGCCACCGUCCGCACAGCCCCGCCCCGCACGGCCAGGCAAAGCGGAGCCGGCCGUGCGGUGUGUGUGUAUGUGUUCGCGGGGCGCCGUCUCAGCCCCAGGAAGAUGGUGGCGGCGGCGGCGACUCAGGCGAGGCUGAGGAGGAGGACGGCGGCGACGACAGUGCCUGCGGGCAGGAACGGCGGGCAGCGCCAGGACUGGGACACGACCCGGGCUGGGAGGCCGGGGCUGGGGGCCGGGCUGCGCCUCCCGCGGCGACGGCUGCUGCUGCUGCUGCUGCUGCUGCUCCCGCCGCUGCUGCUGCUGCCCUGGGCGGCUGAGGCCGCGGCGGCGGCGGCAGCAGUGGCGGGCUCAGCCGCAGCCGAGGCCAAGGAAUGUGACCGACCCUGUGUCAACGGCGGCCGCUGCAACCCUGGCACCGGCCAGUGCGUCUGCCCCGCUGGCUGGGUGGGCGAGCAAUGCCAGCACUGCGGGGGCCGCUUCAGACUAACUGGAUCUUCUGGGUUUGUAACAGAUGGACCUGGAAAUUAUAAAUAUAAAACGAAGUGCACAUGGCUCAUUGAAGGACAGCCAAAUAGAAUAAUGAGACUUCGUUUCAAUCAUUUUGCUACAGAGUGUAGUUGGGACCAUUUAUAUGUUUAUGAUGGAGACUCAAUUUAUGCGCCACUAGUUGCUGCCUUUAGUGGCCUCAUCGUUCCCGAGAGAGAUGGCAACGAGACUGUCCCUGAGGUUGUUGCCACAUCAGGUUAUGCCCUGCUGCAUUUUUUUAGUGAUGCUGCUUAUAAUUUGACUGGAUUUAAUAUCACUUACAAUUUUGACAUGUGUCCGAAUAACUGCUCAGGCCGAGGAGAAUGUAAGAGCAGUAAUAGCAGCAACGCUGUCCAAUGUGAGUGUUUGGAAAACUGGAAGGGGGAAGCAUGCGACAUUCCUCACUGUAUCCAUGACUGUGGUUUUCCUGAUCGAGGCGUUUGCAAUUCAAGUGAUGUCAGAGGAUGCUCCUGCUUCCCCGAGUGGCAGGGUCCCGGAUGUUCAAUUCCUGUACCAGCUAACCAGUCAUUUUGGACUCGAGAGGAAUAUUCUAAUCUAAAGCUCCCCAGGGCCUCUCACAAAGCUGUGGUCAAUGGAAAUAUAAUGUGGGUUGUUGGAGGAUAUAUGUUCAACCACUCAGAUUACAAUAUGGUUCUAGCGUAUGACCUUGCUUCUAGGGAGUGGCUCCCCCUGAACCGUUCUGUGAACAAUGUGGUUGUCAGAUAUGGUCAUUCUUUAGCACUAUACAAGGAUAAAAUUUACAUGUAUGGAGGAAAAAUUGAUUCAACAGGGAAUGUGACCAAUGAGUUGAGAGUGUUCCAUAUUCAUAACGAGUCAUGGGUAUUGUUGACCCCGAAAGCCAAGGAGCAGUAUGCAGUGGUUGGGCACUCGGCACACAUCGUCACAUUGAAAACUGGCCGAGUGGUCAUGCUGGUCAUCUUUGGUCAUUGCCCUCUCUAUGGAUAUAUCAGCAAUGUACAGGAAUAUGACUUGGCCAAGAACACAUGGAGUAUAUUACAAACCAACGGUGCCCUUGUCCAAGGGGGCUAUGGCCAUAGCAGCGUUUAUGACCACAGGACCAAGGCCCUGUACGUUCAUGGGGGCUACAAGGCUUUCAGCGCCAAUAAAUACCGGCUCGCAGAUGAUCUCUACAGAUACGAUGUGGACACCCAGAUGUGGACCAUUCUUAAGGACAGCCGAUUUUUCCGUUACUUACACACAGCUGUGAUAGUGAGUGGAACCAUGCUGGUGUUUGGAGGAAACACACACAACGACACAUCCAUGAGCCAUGGUGCCAAAUGCUUCUCUUCAGAUUUUAUGGCUUAUGACAUUGCUUGUGAUCGCUGGUCAGUGCUUCCCAGACCUGAUCUCCACCAUGAUGUCAACAGAUUUGGCCAUUCAGCAGUCUUACACAACAGCACCAUGUAUAUAUUUGGUGGUUUCAAUAGUCUCCUCCUCAGUGACAUCCUCGUAUUCACCUCAGAACGGUGUGAAGCGCACCGGAGCGAAGCUGCUUGUCUGGCAGCAGGACCUGGCAUCCGGUGUGUGUGGGAUACAGGGUCAUCUCAGUGUAUCUCCUGGGAAGUGGCAACCGAAGCACAAGAAGAAAAGUUAAAAUCAGAAUGUUUUUCCAAAAGAACUCUUGACCACGACAGAUGUGACCAGCACACGGAUUGUUACAGCUGCACCGCCAACACCAAUGACUGUCACUGGUGCAGUGACCAUUGUGUCCCUGUGAACCACAGCUGCACGGAAGGCCAGAUCUCCAUUUCCAGAUACGAGAAUUGUCCCAAGGAUAACCCCAUGUACUACUGUAACAAGAAGACCAGCUGCAGGAGCUGUGCCCUGGACCAGAACUGCCAGUGGGAGCCCCGCAAUCAGGAGUGCAUCGCCCUGCCCGAAAAUAUCUGUGGCAUUGGCUGGCAUUUGGUUGGAAACUCCUGUUUGAAAAUUACUACUGCCAAGGAGAAUUACGACAAUGCUAAAUUGUCCUGUAGGAACCACAAUGCCUUUUUGGCUUCUCUAACAACCCAGAAGAAGGUAGAAUUUGUCCUUAAGCAGCUGCGAAUAAUGCAGUCAUCACAGAGCAUGUCCAAGCUCACCUUAACCCCAUGGGUUGGCCUUCGGAAGAUCAAUGUGUCCUAUUGGUGCUGGGAAGAUAUGUCCCCAUUCACAAAUACUUUGCUACAGUGGAUGCCGUCUGAGCCCAGUGAUGCUGGAUUCUGUGGAAUCUUGUCAGAACCCAGUACUCGGGGCUUGAAGGCUGCAACUUGCAUCAACCCACUCAAUGGUAGUGUCUGUGAAAGGCCUGCGAACCACAGCGCCAAGCAGUGCCGGACGCCGUGUGCCCUGCGGACGGCAUGUGGAGAGUGCACCAGCGGCAGCUCUGAGUGCAUGUGGUGUAGCAACAUGAAGCAGUGCGUGGACUCCAACGCCUACGUGGCCUCCUUCCCUUUUGGCCAGUGUAUGGAGUGGUACACCAUGAGCAGCUGCCCCCCUGAAAAUUGUUCAGGCUACUGUACCUGCAGCCAUUGCCUGGAGCAGCCAGGCUGCGGCUGGUGCACUGAUCCCAGCAAUACUGGCAAAGGAAAAUGCAUAGAGGGCUCCUAUAAAGGGCCAGUGAAGGUGCCUUCUCAGGCCCCUGCAGGGAAUUCCUACCCACAGCCCCUUCUCAAUGCCAGCAUGUGCCUGGAGGACAGCAGAUACAACUGGUCUUUCAUUCAUUGUCCAGCUUGCCAGUGCAAUGGCCACAGCAAGUGCAUUAAUCAGAGUAUCUGUGAGAAGUGUGAGAACCUGACCACAGGAAAGCACUGCGAGACCUGCAUAUCUGGCUUCUAUGGUGAUCCCACCAAUGGCGGCAGAUGUCAACCAUGCAAGUGCAACGGGCACGCAUCGCUCUGUAACACCAACACGGGCAAGUGCUUCUGCACCACCAAGGGCGUCAAGGGAGACGAGUGCCAGCUAUGCGAGGUAGAAAAUCGAUACCAGGGAAACCCUCUCAAAGGAACAUGUUAUUAUACUCUUCUCAUUGACUAUCAGUUCACCUUUAGCCUAUCCCAGGAAGAUGACCGCUAUUAUACAGCCAUCAAUUUUGUGGCUACACCUGAUGAACAAAACAGGGAUUUGGACAUGUUCAUCAAUGCCUCCAAAAACUUCAACCUCAACAUCACCUGGGCCGCCAGCUUCUCAGCUGGAACCCAGGCUGGAGAAGAGAUGCCUGUUGUUUCAAAAACCAACAUUAAGGAGUACAAAGAUAGCUUCUCUAAUGAGAAGUUUGAUUUUCGCAACCACCCAAACAUCACUUUCUUCGUUUAUGUCAGUAAUUUCACCUGGCCCAUCAAAAUUCAGAUCGCCUUCUCCCAGCACAGCAAUUUUAUGGACCUGGUACAGUUCUUCGUGACUUUCUUCAGUUGUUUCCUCUCUUUGCUCCUGGUGGCUGCUGUGGUUUGGAAGAUCAAACAAAGUUGUUGGGCCUCCAGGCGUAGAGAGCAACUUCUUCGAGAGAUGCAGCAGAUGGCCAGUCGUCCCUUUGCCUCCGUAAACGUUGCCUUGGAAACAGAUGAAGAGCCUCCUGAUCUUAUUGGAGGGAGUAUAAAGACUGUUCCCAAACCCAUUGCUCUGGAGCCGUGUUUUGGCAACAAAGCUGCUGUCCUCUCUGUGUUUGUGAGGCUCCCUCGAGGACUCGGUGGAAUCCCUCCUCCCGGGCAGUCAGGUCUUGCGGUGGCCAGCGCCCUGGUGGACAUUUCUCAGCAGAUGCCAAUCGUGUACAAAGAGAAGUCAGGAGCCGUGAGAAACCGGAAGCAGCAGCCCCCCGCGCAGCCUGGGACCUGCAUCUGACGCUGGUCCACGGAUUCUCCGCCUGACGUUGGCUCCAGCCCUUCUGACCAUUCCUGCCAGGUCACCACAGAGGAGGGGAGUCGUUCGUGUUACAUGUCUCCCUUGAGCAGAAAAGAGCAUGACAGCACUUGGGAUCCCUGCAUUAAAGAGCCACAGUGUGCUCCUGUAGCCUGCUCUGAGCUGGUGGGUCGUCCUCAGGCUGUGGGUGGAAUCGAACACCCAAAGCCUGGAGAAGGACCUGGAACUGUUUGCUUGCUCUCCUCCAGGAGAGGCUCAGCUCAGCACUCCCAUCCUCCUUCCCAGCCCUGGGUGGUAGCUGUGGGCAGGGCAGUGACCACUGAGAAGGAUGAAAAGCACAUGGAGGAAAUGGAUGAGGAGGAAUAAGCAUGCCAAGUGGAAAGUGAUCAGGUUGAAGUGGGCUGGGGCGGUCCUGCUCUUCUCCGCAGGCCACUGCCUGGGUGUUGCGGUGUCCCUGUGUAUGGUGCUCUGUAUUCUGGUAUUAUGCGGCAGCCUCCCCAGGUCUCUCUUCCACUUCAAAACUUGGGGUUCUCUGGCAUUACCCCAUAGGGAUGGACCUCUAGACGACCACACUCGUUUUCGAAUUUGGAGAAAUUAAUACUCGAAAGAGCAAAGACUGCAGCAUUUCACCUUUAAAUGCAGUACCUAGAGUAGGAGUGCUGUCUCUUUCCCAGCACCAACCCCUCACCCCUGAAGAGUUGCCUGGAAAGAUGUUUUCAUGGAAGUUGAACCCUAAAACACUGUCUGAUGCACAAAACACCUCUACUUUGAACUCGACUCUCAAAAAGCUGCUUUUUCACAUCAUUGGCAAAGAGCAGACAAUUCUAGAAAAGACCCCUUCUCUUCCAAGCUUCCCACAUCCCUGCUCCACAUUACGGCACCCACAGAGGGCCUGCCACAGGCUGGCGCUUCCCCCUAUAAUUGCCAUGAGGCCUCUUGACAGAGAGAGGGAGGCCGCUGGAGAAGGACCUCCCACAAGGAAAAUCCUUGUAUGUUCAAAGGACCAGUGUUUCUUUGGCCAAAGAAGUCUCUUCCCCAUGGGUUCCCAGGCCUUGAAAUAACAUGCACCAUGUCCCGUAGCCACCUGGUGUGUUGUUUUUUUUUUCCUAAAAGUUUGUUUUUAAAAAGGAAGGAAAAAGGAGCAAGUGAUGUUUACUUCUGCUCCAACAGUGGAGAAACAGCUGAAUCCACCUGCUUCUCCUUUGCAGCCAAUAGCAAACAGCUUCCUCCCGGCUCAGGCCAGAGGAAGGGAGUGGCAGGGGAAAGAGGCAUUGAGCUUAGGAGCCAGUUACCAAGAGGGAAUCAUCUGGAACUUCAAAGAAAUGCCUGCGUGUCACAGGAGAGCCUGUAUAUAAGUUAAAAUAGUCAUGAAAGUAUUGAUGUUGCACUUGUACAUAAUUAUACAGUAGUGUCCAGAAUGUUCAGACAUUCAGAGUGUACAUAGAACAGAAAACUAUGUUAAUGUAUUUUUAUUAAAUGUAAUGGUGUCUGAGUUUUACCUAAUUAUGUUUUUGUGCCACAUACCGGAUAUCCAAGUCUGAAGAAGUCUUCUCAUUGGGCCCUGAUACAUUGAUAACAAAGCCAGAGAGGGGAAAAAAAAAAAAAAAGGCAUCCCAUCGUGCCAGUGUGUCCAGAUGCAUCUGGUACGAAUUGGUUGAUUGUAAAACAGAAAUCGUCUGUCGGUACACAGAGGGGAAACCAAGCGCUGAGCCCAUGUAAACAGCAUUGUGUGAGGAGAGUCGAAGGCAGUGGGCCUGCUGCUGUCACUGUUGCUGGCUCUGCAAGGGAGUCAGGAAUCUUUCUGUCAGCCUCUUGGUGCUGUGCAUGGCCAGGGAUGACCAAUCUUGUCCUGAGAAGUGUUUCUCUUAGUCUCUAAGUUCAAAGACCCUAUCAGAUUUUCCAGAAAGGGGCUUCUGGAGCUGCCUUUUGUUCAGUUUGGUCUAAAAUUUUAAUGACUAUUUCCCAGGAUGGUGGUUUCCUAGACUGAAAACCGGGGGGUGGGAGUAGGGUGGCUAGUUCACUGAUAGAUAGCUCGCAUUUUGUCCGGAGAACCGCACACAGCCUGGCCUCCUGUCCACCCCCCACUGCUCGUCUUACAGUUUGCGGAGAAGUCUGCACUUCCUGUGAGAUCACCUCUAAGAGAUUGGAGGAGAUGUGGAGAGAAGGCAACCCAUACUCCCCCGAGCUAACCUGGAGGAAAAGCAGCCCUGGACAGAAGACGGUCAGCAGCAGGAAAACAGCAGAACAUCUGUGGGUGAGGCCUGAAGCGCCUGAUGGGAGACGUACCGGGAAGUCUGGGGCGAAUGCAUGAGAAGACCAGAGCACUUUCCGUAGAAAAAAGACAUGGGACCUUUUCAGUGCAACUUUCUCCGUCAGUUCAACGGUGUCUGGGGUGGGGGUGGGGGUGGGGGUUCACUUCCUUGGGUGCUGGUAUCAUUUUCAAGAACACCUUUGAUCCUUUAGUUUCUUUCAUCCAUCCACACCCUCAGUGAAUACUCACUAAGCACUUACUAACAGCCUAAAGCUAAUGCCAGGGCAGUGACCAAGAUGGAAAAGAAGCUCUUUGGAACUACAGCAAAACCCAGCUCUCACUCCUCAUCCCAGGAGACCUUUCCUCAUGGCGGUUUCUGUGAGAAUAGGCCACCCUGAGGAUAGACCCAGGAAGGCAGAGGGUCUGUCCUCGGGCCGAGCACUGGCUCUCAGUCUGAAAUGUUUCCCAAUUGACCAAACUCGGCUCCAACCAUAAAAAUCACCGUGAUGGCAGGCCCGCCAAGAGACAUUUCCCCGGAAUCGUUCAAACUCCUCAACACCCUUACCUGCAGGGAGAUGAUCUGGACUGGAGAAGAGAACUGGCGCCUUCUCUUUCAAAGGCAAUAAUGGAAUUGACUUUCAGUAACUGAAAUUUGUGCACAAAACAUUCUAAACACUAGUGAAGCCUGUUUCGUUGAACUAAUUCUGGCUCUGGAAAUGUUUUUGUUUUAUAGGUAUUUACGGUUUUUGUUUUGUUUUAUUUCUGGUUUGGAUUCAAGCUUAGUUUGUUAAUAUGUAUAAUUUAGCAUCUCUUGCACUCAUGUAAAUAUGGAGUAAGUAUUGUAAACUAUUUCAUUGCUGGGGACUGUGGGUGUUAUACAUACAUUUAGGACUGCAAUUUUUUGGUAUUUUUUGUAUUGUAAAAUAACAGCUAAUUUAAGCAGGAACAAGAGAACUAAGGGAGGUCUGUGCAUUUUAAACACAAAUGUGAAGAACUUGUAUAUAAGCGAAAGUAAAUACUAUAAUACAAACUUCCUUCUGAAAUAAAAGUAGAUCUGGUAAAAA